AUGGAAAACCUCGUAGAUCAUCCGGACUCUGUCGCAACCUUGAACCACCUAACUUUUUUGCACGAAUAUCGUGGCAACCACCAGCAAGCGGAAAUGUUAUGUUUGAGAGCUUUAGCUAUUCAAGAGCGGUUAGUCGGUAAGAACCAUCCGGACGUAGCAAAGCAGCUUCGUGACCUGGCCUUGCUGUGCCAGGGCCAGCUCAAAUAUGAAGAAGAAGAGCUUUACUACAAGCGAGCGCUACAGAUCUAUGAAUCGGGGUCCGAGCUAGAUGACCCGGACGCUGUGGCUACCAGAGACGAUUUAGCAGGCUACUACCUAAGACACGGUAAGCUGAAGGAUGCAGAAUUGCUAUACAAAUAUGUACUGACGAGGGUACAUGAGGCCCAAUUCGGUCCGAUCGACGAUGACCACAAACCAGUCUGGCAAAUUGCAGAAGAACGCGAGUCCGAUAAGGGACAAAUAUGUGACGAUACGCCAUACAGCAUGUACGGUAGCUGGCACAACAUUACCAGGAAAGCUCGAGAACCCUUAACCAUUGUGAACAAGAUGGAAGAUUCUAAAAACAACACGCAAAUGACAAGUACAUCAGAAGAUACCCAACAAUGGCUAGACGAGGCGGAGGCAACCCUAGGUCAGUUACAGCAGGACAAGAAAUCUACGGACUCGCAUGACUCAUUCGAAAAAAUCCACGGUCAGGUGCUUCAAUACGUUGCUGAGGGUCGUUACGAAGAGGUACCGCUUCUAUGUGAGGAAGCGGUUGCCCAACUGGAGAUGAUAUACGGCCACGAUCAUCCAAACGUUGCGACCAUUUUGAAUACUCUAGCGCUAGUGCACUGUGAUCAGUGCAACUACAAGGAGGCUGAACGUUUGUUAGCCGAAGUUCUGGCUAUUAGAGAAAAAACGCUCGGAAAUCAUCCAGACGUCGUCGCAACAUUAAAUGACCUAUCAGUUUUGCAUGAGGUCUGUGCCAACUAUCAGAAGGCCGAAUUAUUCUAUUUUAAAGCCAUAGAUAUGCGAGAACGGUUGGUAGGUGAAUAUCAUCCGGACGUAGCCUUGCAAAUUCAAGACUUGGCUUUACUAUACCAAAACCAGAUGCUGUACGAAGAAGCAGAAUUUUGUUACAAACGAGCUAUGGAAAUUUACGUAUCAUCGUUAGGACCAGAAAGUUCAUACGUUGAAGUUGCCAGAAAUAAUCUGGCCAAGUGUUACUUAAUGCAGGACAGAUUCAAGGAUGCAGAAAUACUGUAUAAGCAAGAGCUCACAAGAAUACACGAGAUAAGUUUCGGUCCUAUCGACCAGCACAACAAGCCGAUAUGGCAAAUUGCCGAAGAGCGACAGGUGGCGAGGGGUAAAAAACAUGACAAUACGCCUUACAACAUGUACGGCAGCUGGCACAAUGUUAUCAUGGUACAAUCAUCAACGGUGCCGGCUACCCUGAGACACUUGGCGGAGUUAUACUAUCGACAGGGUAAACAGGAAGCCGCUAGAACACUGGAGAACUGCGCUGCACGAGCCAUGCAAGCCACUAGUAGUGUAUAA